AUGAGAAAAGUCCGACACCGGGCCACGUUUCAGACCGGCCGGGGGGAGAACGCUGCUCGCGCCUCCCCGCUUGGCAUCAAGGGCCGGGGCACCGAGCGCAAGGCCAGCCAGCCGGCCGAGCACCGCCGGGAGACGGCGCGGUUCUGGCGGGAGAACAGGGCGGAGGCGGCGCUGCGGGAGCGGUUCCUGGUGCCGGCCGAGGAGUACGAGCGCUUCGCCCGGGCGCUGGAACGGGCGCUAGCCGCGCACCAGCGGCGGGAGGAGGAGCGCAUCCGCCAGAUGGCGGCCGGCAUCCGCGAAGCUGAGCGCAGGCAGCGGGAGACGGUGCAGGCUGCCCUCCAGCUUCAAACGGAGCCAGAGCUUUGCGUGGGACCUUCGGUCUGCAGCCCCCCAGCAGGACCCGAAAGGGACUUCUCUCAUGGUGCAGAGCAGCCUGGCCCGAGUGGGAUGCAAAUGGGACCUGACUUAAACUGGAUAGAAUCAGGCCAGGCUUUGACCUUCAUCAGCCACCAGGAAACAGAAGGGAAAGGAAAUGUUCACACAGGAGCAAAACCCCCAUGGCUAACAGAGGAAGAGGGUGGAAGUAAACAACAAAUUGGACCUUCGUACGAGGAAUUUCUCAAACAAAAGGAGAAGCAGAAGCUGAGAAAGCUCCCAGCGGAGCGCGUUGGUGCCAAUUUUGACCAUACCUCUCAGACGGGCGACAGCUGGCUCCCUUCCUUCGGGCGGGUUUGGAAUCAUGGCAGGAGGUGGCAGUCCAGGCAUCAGUUUAGAACUGAAACGGGGGAAAAGAAGAGGAAAAGAUGAUCAGAAGAGGAGCACCAAGGAAACCAAACUCCAACCAUUGCAGAAAGGUGGACUGUAGGUAGCUGCAGCUUUGUCAGUGCUGCUGCUGCUGCCAAGUUUAGCGCUCUUAAUACAUACGUCUAGAUGUGUUCGGUCCCCUGGAAGGCAGGGUGACCACAGCAUAGUACUGAGUUGAGCACCAUUACUGAAAGCUACUCUGCCAGGGGCUGUUGCAGC